AUGUCGUGGUUUUCAAACAAAUGGAACCGCUGGAACCAAGAUGCCUCAUCGCGAUGGUCAGAUGUAGAAUGGCUUGAAGUGAUGUGGAAUCGUCAAAGGUACCAGGUAGCUCUUCCAUCUACACAGGAGCCGCUCAAGUUGGCGCAUUUACGCCAGGAGCUCUCAUCUGUGUUUUCUUUGCCUGUGGACCGAAUUGUCGUCGUGUUCCAAGGUAUAAUCCUAAAAGACGAUCGCGUAUUGCUGCAAGAGUAUGGUUUGGCUACAGGCUCGCGUAUUACUCUGGUAACGCGUGAGCAACUCGCACAACGGGCCCCGGCCCCAGCCCCAGCUUCUCAGACAUCGGCCCAGCCACAGCCGGUGCCAACCCAGGCGCCGAAUGGUACAGUGCCCCCUGUGGUGCCCACAAGCGAAAUGCCGGCUCAGGCCGCUGGCGUGCCUGCCGGAGAGCAAGCACAGGGACCCCCUGCCCCUCUUGCGCCCCAACUUACAGAAGAUGAAAAACAUAUCCAGCGAAUUCAGCAGGUAAGCGAGCAUUGCCGCAAAGAGUUGUUGCCCAGGCUGGAGCAGUUUGAAGCUUGCAUCCAAAAGCUACCCAAUGCACCGCCAGGCCAGCUUCAAGCCCAGUCCCAGCAACAGCCAGAAGCGACGGCUACGGACACUACGGAUGUACCCCCGCAUAAGAUCCCGUACACCCAGCGUACACUGUCCGAAUUGCUGUUACGUGAACUGCUAAAGUUGGACGAUAUUCCCUCUGAGAAGGACGAGAUUCGCGCCGCACGGAAAGCCACAGUCAAAGAAGUACAGAGCUACAUGGAUCGCGUAGAUGCUGCAUGGACCAUGGCCACCAAAGAAAAGGGCAUUGUCUCGGACGUCAUGGGGCAUACACAGCAAGAUACGACACUCGGUACGCAUACGAGCACCGUCUUGGAUACCAAACGUGAACUAGCGAACGAACCGGCUCAGAUAGAAUCCAACGAUGAAGACAUGCCAGCAGCAUCCACAGUCCCCAGCAUGCUCGGAGAGGCCUGGUACGCAGCAGCCUGGUCCCCGGCCGGCGUAGGCCCUUUGUACAGCUGCAUUCUUGCGACGAUCAAUGCACGGCGAAAUGUGCGGUUAUACAUGUGUGACAAGGAUGUACGCACAGGACCUUGGGUCCCUGCUGCUGCGGCUCAUGAUAAGACAGCAAGAGAAGGCACGCGGGUACCGCCAUCACAGCAGUACUCAGCAUUGGACUGGGCCCCGACGCAUGACGCUGAAAAGGGGGCCCUGCUCGUCACAGGGGCGCGCGAUGGGACUGUGACAGUAUGGCGCGUGACAUCCGCCCACGACAUGCAGGCGAUAGUCACACACCACGUUCCAGGCCGUGUCCGAUUGGUGCAAUGGAGUGCGUGGCAAGAUGCGUAUGCGCAUGUGGCCGUGCACCAUGGUACGCAUCUCACUCGCUAUCGCGUGAGCGCAGCAGACCCUACGCGAUGGGAGAAAGAAGGCACAGCGCUGAUCGGCGCCGCUACGAUUACAGGUAUGACCUGGCAUGAUCGCACAUGGCACGGUGUGACGCCGGGUGGUCUCUGGACAUGGAAACACGAAGCUUCAGCACCAAGCUGUGUCGCCUUGACGCCGUCCUGUGCGCAUGCUGCAGGCAGUGAGGCAAGCACAGUCCUUCUCGAUGAUGGACGGCGGUAUGCAUGGGAUGGCACUCUCCAAGACACACUACCUAUAUCAGCGCCGCUAUGGGGCCAUGCCACGCAGCAUGGCUUGCAAGCUACGUUGUGUAGUGCAGACGAUCGCGAGGCAUGGCGAUAUAUGAUCAGCGGGAAACUCACAUAUACCUUGUCAUGGGGACACUCACCCCCUAUGCCAACGUUGCUGGGGCCACCGAACAUUGUAUGGCGUGCAUGGAUGCUGGCGUACCUACAAGGCGCACCUUGCAACGCUCUAUGGUCGUUCAUCUCUACGUCCUUUCAUGCAGUGGAAGCCGAGGCCCAUCGACUUGUGAAGGCCUCAGCUGGUGUGGAGAACAUGGCAGCGUGGGCACACGUGCAUAAGCAAGCGCAAACGUUGGCGUGGUGGGCCCACUGGGCCUCCUCAGAGGCCAUCACCAAUUGUGUGCCGCCGAAAUUGGCGUGGCUGGCGCAAUGGACAGGGAGUAUACGUGCCGCGUUGGCUUGUCCGCCUAGGGCGCCGACCACCACAGGCUAUCGCACCCGCUUAGCGGCCGUGUUGUGGCUGUGCGCCCAAGAUAGCCAGGCUACCGCGGAGGAAGUCGCAUGUUUAUCCCAGUGGAGUGAACACAUUGCGCCAGAAGCGUACCAAACAUGGCAGUCACAAGAUGCUCUGACGUUGGACGAGCCAUGCCCGGCCUGUGCAGAGCCGAUCAGCUUUUCCUUGGGCCCUUAUGCUCGGUGCCCAGCUGGCCAUGUGAUGGACCGAUGUGUGGCCACAUGGAUGGUCAUGGACUCUGUAGACACAUGGACUUGCACAGGGUGUCAACGAUCCGCCCAAGCCGCAGUUGUAUUGUCGCUGAGCACGUCUUAUCCAUCUAUUACGUCCUGUAGUGCCUGUGGCAAUCGAUGGCGCGCGCCAUAG